CUGUUUGAAUAUUUGACCUUGGCGCAAAAUGAAAAGUAGCAUUUCUUGCAAGAAAAAGAAAAAGAAAAAGAAAAGUAGCAACUAACUCUAUAAAAUGUGAACAUAGUAAUAACUUCAUAUCGACAUUCUCCGCUAACUGCUAUCUCGCGCGUUCCAUUUCCUUCCAUCACCACAACAAUCGCCACACGUGAGGUAUUAUUAUCAGAAUGUCUAAUUCAUCCGAUGCGGUAACGAUGAUUGAGCCAACGACGAAGAGAGUAACAAUCAGAGAGUGUCAGAACAAAGACAAUAUCAGUGAUUUACCGGACUGCAUUAUCCUUCACAUACUCUCAUUUUUAAACGCCAAAGACGCAGUUCGAACUUGCAUUUUAUCGUCGAGAUGGAAGGAUCUCUGGAAAUCUCUUCUUUCUCUUACAUUGCAUUCUUCGCACUUUCGAACUAUCAAGAUAUUCAACAAAUUUGUGUCUAGGGUUUUAUCACUUCGCGACUCCUCAAUCUCACUGCACGCUCUCGAUUUCUACAAAAUUGGUUUAAUGGCGCCUCACCUACUCAAAAGGAUUGUUAAUUAUGCUCUUUCACACAAUGUUCAGCGAUUAGGACUCUCUGUCGUGUGUGACAUUGCACAAAUUCCACCUACCAUUUUUUCAUGUCACACUUUAACAUAUCUUAAGCUUUCAGUUUACCCUACUAGAGGUAAUAGGGAAGAAACAUUGUUUCCAAAUUCUCUCAAUUUGCCAGCAUUAACAGUCUUGGAUCUACAAAAUUUUGCCUUUUGUGCUGGUGAUAAUGGCUACGCGGAGCCAUUUUUGGCCCUUAACAGGUUGAAACAAUUGGCAAUUUCUAGUUGUACUGUGAGGGAUGCACGAAUCCUCCGUGUAUCAAGUGGGACGCUUUUCAAAUUAACUUUACAUAAUCACUCUGAAGACUUUUUCACAAUCGAGUUACGGACUCCAAGUCUUUGUACCUUUACUUUUACUGGUACUCCGUUUCAGUUUUUCUCUAAGGGCAGUUUUUCUUCUGUUAAACACGUAGAUAUUGAUGCAAACCUUUUUUCAAGAUACAUUGAGCCUCCUGUGUUUUUACUCAGCUGGCUGCGGCAACUUUCUAAUAUAAAAUCAUUGAUAGUUUCUGCAACUACUCUUCAGAUUAUCGCCUUAUAUCCCGAUUUAUCAAAGCUCAAGCUUCCUUCCUUGGGUAUGUUGAAGUCAUUGAAAGUUAAAACGAAACCACUUGAAUAUGGAUUUUGCAUGAAAUUGUUGGAUGUCAAGUUAGAGAAAGUCAAGUCACAAAAAGAAGCUACUAAAUUACGAAAAGCAUUUAAAGAAGGAUUGGAACCAUCUUCACCCAUACCGGAUGGAAUAAUGGACUUCUUCAUUCAAAAUUCGCCAUUGGCUGAAGUUGAAAUCAUAGAUUGCUCAUGGCAAAAAGCGCAGUCAACUUCUUAAAGGGAGAUUGUUAUUAUUGGUUUUGUUUUGGCUUGCUUUUCUUUAUAUGUUUUCAUCUGCUUCUGUUGGUAUAACUAAUUGCCAGUGGAUAAUAGUAGGUCCCUUUGGUAGAGAAACAAAUUGCAUAUGCACACUUACCUGAUUGUAUUAACUCUCAAGUGGAUGCUCUAUAGCAAGGUUUGGAUUGUUAGGAAUUAAAUGAAAGAAAGCAAAUGGUAGUUUAAAAGAAAAAUUAUUUUGAGGUCAAUGAAGGUUGAUGACAUAAAAGUAGAAUGAACUGAUUCCUAGAUGUUGAAGAAAUGAAUGCAGAACUAGUUCUUAGACAUUGAAGUAAUGCAGAAACUACAAUCUGUUUUUAUGUGUACUCAUGCACAUAUUGGUCAUUUAUAGGAUUGGAUUGAGAGCUUUUGAAUUUAGAAAAGCAUUAAAUCCUAACUUGUAGAGAAAGCUUGUGUGUGCGUCUUGAAUCAUGUGCAAGACUAGGUUGAAUUAGGGUCUAGCUCAGAGGAACUUUGCAACUGAGAUAAGUAAAUUUCUAAGCCAAUGUAACAAGUGCUUAUAAGUGUUCAUUUAUGAAAGAGUUUAGGUUGCAGAAUCUUAACUUAGAUUUGCAAUAUGAGAGCAAGGGAGAGUUGCCUUCUGAUUUGCAUUUUGCUGACUUAGAAAAAAUUAAACAUUCUUGACUUAAUGAAGCUACAAAUUAUUAUCUA